AAAAUCAAACAUUGCAUGCUACUGUUUAAUUCCACUACACACACGCACAUUCUCCUCAAUCCCCACACCGUAAGCAAGUUAACCCAAAGACAAGAAUGGCACCAACGGCCAAGACUGAUCUGGCUUACCUGGCUCAGGAGAAGACCCUGGAAUUGAGCUUCGUUCGGGAUGAAGACGAGCGUCCAAAGGUUGCGUACAAUGAAUUCAGCAAUGAGGUCCCGGUGAUUUCUCUGGCCGGAAUCCACGAGGUGGGUGGUCGUAGAGAAGAGAUUUGCAAGAAGAUUGUGGAGGCUUGCAAGAAUUGGGGUAUCUUCCAAGUUGUUGAUCACGGUGUGGAUCAACAACUCAUGGCCGAGAUGACCCGUCUUGCCAAAGAGUUCUUUAUCUUGCCACUGGACGAAAAGGUUCGCUUUGAUAUGUCCGGUGGCAAAAGGGGAGGAUUCAACGUCUCUAGUCAUCUCCGAGGUGAGUCCGUGCAGGACUGGAGAGAGAUAGUGAUAUACUUUUCCUACCCAAUGAGAGAGAGAGACUAUACAAGGUGGCCAGACACUCCAAAAGGGUGGAGAUCAGUGACCGAAUCAUACAGCGAGAAGCUAAUGGCUCUAGCUUGCAAUCUCUUGGAGGUGUUGUCAGAGGCAAUGGGGUUGGAGAAAGAGGCUUUAACCAAAGCAUGUGUUGACAUGGACCAGAAGAUUGUGGUGAAUUACUACCCUAAGUGCCCACAACCUGACCUCACUCUUGGCCUCAAGCGCCACACUGAUCCUGGCACCAUCACAUUGCUGCUUCAGGACCAAGUGGGUGGACUCCAAGCCACCAGGGACAAUGGGAAAACGUGGAUCACCGUUCAGCCUGUGGAGGGUGCCUUCGUUGUCAAUCUUGGAGACCAUUGUCAUUAUCUGAGCAAUGGAAGGUUCAAGAGUGCUGAUCACCAAGCGGUGGUGAACUCAAACCAUAGCCGUUUGUCCAUAGCCACGUUUCAAAACCCUGCACUAAAUGCAACUGUGUACCCUCUCAAGGUUAGAGAGGGAGAGAAGCCUGUGAUGGAGGAACCAAUCACUUUUGCUGAAAUGUACAGGAGGAAGAUGAGCAAGGACCUUGAGAUUGCUGGGAUGAAGAAGCUGGCUAAGAAAAAGGACUUUGAGAAUGAAAAGCAUUUCCAAGAACUUGAGAAGGCAAAAGUUGAGGCCAAGCCUUUGAAGGAGAUUCUUGCUUAAUAAUAUCAGUAUUGCUCCCUUGGUGUUUUUAGUAUUUUUGAAGGGCCACGAAUUAAUAAUAAUCUUACUCUGUGGGGAUAUCAUGUGUUGUGUUCAUGCCUAUGUCUUAGGAUUCAACCUGAUCUAUGUAUACCUUAUAUUUGCCUCUAUAUACAUAUAAAUGAAAAUAAGUGGGACUGGCUUAUUGGCUGCAUGCAUGGUCCUACCAUUACGGUCAAA